AUGGCGGGCGGCGAUGGCGGCGGCGGGUUCCGAGCGAGGAUGGAGCACUAUCUCUAUAGCGGAGAUAAGAAGCACGUCUUCGCCGGCAUCCUCGUCAUCUCCGUUGUCUUCGGCGCCCCAUGGUUCCUCAUGAGCCGAGGGUCCAAGCAUCAAUCUCACCAGGAUUACAUGGAAAAAGCUGACAAAGCAAGGCAGGCUCGACUUUCAUCUGGUCAACCUGGUAAUGGACCAGGUGGACCAAAGUUCAUGGUGAAGGUUCAAAGGUUGAUGUUUUCUUCCCAAAUCCACCUAGCAGUGAGAGAAGAGUUUUCCUUCCCACAAAUGCCCCUCUGCAACCCUCCUCAAGGUCAGACUUCCCAAGAGAUAGAAAGAGAGAAGAGAGGGUUGCCAUGGGUGCUCCUCCCCUUCCAACCUCCUCUUAUCUUGUUGGAGAGGAAGCUAGGGCAAGGAUCAAGUACGAAGGUCUCUUGCAGGAUUACAAGGAUUUUGCUCAAGGAAACCAAAGCAAAGAAAAGGAGAUUGCAAAAGGCGAAAGAAAAAAAACUCAAGCUGUCUACUGAAGUCAGAUUUUUGCGGAAAAAAUACAAGAGUUUCAUGAAAAAUCCGUCUCAGGAAUCAUCAUAUAGAUUGAAGAAACAACAAACUCACAAGAAAUCAGUCCAGUCCUCUCGAAUCAAUCCUUCACUGAACCGAUCCAUUAAAGUUGAUUUUUCUUCCAAAGAUAACAAUUAUAGAAUUGGAGAAGCCGGAGUUGUGAACACUUCCGCUGUUUUAGACUUGAACCAGGCCUUCUUUCCGAAUGGUGAAGAGAUGGAGGAGUUUCAAAUGGAGCAGGAUCAACCGAAGAUGGAGAAACCGAAGAGAAGCUCAAUGGAAGGGGACGCUGUGGCGAAUGAUCUUAAGCUCUCGGUGUGUAGAGAUGUAGGUACAAGCUCAAACCCUAUUGGCAAAAGGAAAAUCUCCUGGCAAGAUCAGGUAGCUUUGAGAGUUUGAACUUUGUGAUUGCAUUUAGCAAUGAAUUGCACCUUUUCGAUGUUUUUGUGUUGUACAUAGUAACAGAAAAAAAUGAGUAUAUCCCUGUCAUACCCAAAACUUCAUAGAAAUUGUAGCUUUUGUUGACUCUGUGAUGAAAGGAAGUUCUUUCUCAAGAUUAAGUGCAGGCCAUAUUAUAUGA